UGUGCUUAGUUUCGGACCCCGACCAUGUGUGAGCCAAAGGCGCGCAUUAAGGCAACUCCCGAGCGUUGCCUGCGCUGCUGUCCGCCGUGCUGCAAUCCCUGCCUCUGCUGCCCGCCCGAGUGCUGCAGGCCCUGCACCGCCUACUGCAUAUUCGACCUGGAGAGUGCAGUGUUCGAUACCCGUCAGAUCUAUCAGCGCGCCUGCCGUGAGCUCCUGGCUAGCUAUAAUAAAACGCUGCCGGAGGCGCUGAUCAUGCGCAGCGCUGCCAUGGAGACGCAGGAGAUGGCCGAGCUGAUCUGCCGCAAGUGCAGGCUGCCCAUACCCUGGGAGAACUUCCUGGUGCAGCUGAACGAGCACACGUGCGAGCUGAUUGGCAAUCCGCCGCUAAUCGACGGCGUGGAGCGUCUGGUCAACCACCUGCAUGCCAAUUGCAUUGGCCUGGCCCUGAUCACGUCCAGCAAGAGGGAGAUCUUUUGCAAGAAGAUACGCGGCAGGGAGGAGUUCUUCAGCCAGUUCGAUCAGGUGCUCUGCGCCGAUGAGUACAACCGGCCCAAGCCGGAGCCGGAUUGCUAUUUGAUAGCCAUGCGCCUGCUCUGCGAUCCGCCCUGCGUCGAGUGCUGCCUGGCCUUCGACGGCACGCCCAAGGGGGUGCAGGCUGCCCGGGACGCGCGCUUGAAGGUGAUUAUGCUGCCCGACCCGGAGCUGCCUUGCUGCUGGUCGGAGCUGGCAACGCAGCGACUCGAAACAUAUCUCGAGUUCGAUCCCGUGGAAUUUGGCAUGCCCUACCUGGAGCCGAUGCCCGAGCAGCCAGCAAUUAUGUCUGGUGGAGAGAGCGAGGAGGCGGAAGAGGAAGAGGACGAGGGCGAUCAGAACGACGGGGAGGCGGUUGAGGACAACGACGAGGAGCCACCAGCGGAAGCUUAAGUGUUUUGUAUAUAUACAUGUGCAUACAUAUAUACCACAGAUACAUACAUAAAUAUAUACAUUUG